GCAGACGGCGGCCUCGGCCGCUCGCGGAUCUUUGAGGUUACCAGCUGGGCCCGUCCACCUCGCGGAAGGCCUUCCCCGCAGAGGCCCGGCCCCGGCUGGCGCUCCCCCGGCGCUCUCAGCAGCCGAGGUGGAUCGCCAGGGAGGGUGAGGGUGUCGGGCUCGGGAAACCAGAAAAUGUCAGGUCGGAGCGGAAGAAGAGAGCGAAGAGAGGGAGUGCGGGAACACACUGGGCCCUGUGUCUUCUGGGAGGAGUUGGCAGCGUUGCCCGGGGCUGAGAAACUCCUAGCGGUGCAAAGAGACGUGCCCAGAGUGGGAAAAUCAUGCUAAUUGUCUGCGCCAGAGCCCAAGAGCACGACCCAAAAUGAGGAGAGAGAGGGGAAACCUGUCUAGAGGCGCCCGGCGGACGGUGCCCCUCAUCUUCCUCCUCCUGCUCCAGUCAGGGCGGCUGGUGGGCGUGAACAUCACCAGUCCGGUGCAGGUGGUCCACGGCACGGAGGGCCGAGAGGCCCUGCUCUCCGUCCAGUACAGCAGUACCAGCAGAGACCGGCCUGUGGUCAAGUGGCAGGUGAAGCGGGAUAAGCCGGUGACGGUGGUACAGUCGGUGGGCACCGAUGUCAUCGGCACCCUGCGGCCCGAGUACCGCGGCCGCGUGCGGCUCUUCCCCAACGGCUCCCUGCUGCUCGGCGGCCUGCGCCCGGCCGACGAGGGAGCCUACGAGGUGGAGAUCUCCAUCACCGACGACACCUUCACCGGCGAGAAGACCAUCAACCUUACCGUGGACGUCCCCAUCUCGAAGCCGCACGUUGUCCUGGCCUCGUCCACGGUGUUGGAGCUGAGCGAAUCGGUGACGCUGACCUGCGCCCACGAGAACGGCACGAAGCCCAGCUACACGUGGCUGCGGGCCAGCCAGCCGCUCAGCAACGACUCGCGCCUGCAGCUCUCCACCGACCAGAAAGUGCUGACCAUCACCCGGGUGCUGCUGGCCGACGACGACGUCUACAGCUGCCUGGUGGAGAACCCCAUUAGCAAGGGUCACAGCAUCCCCAUCAAACUCACUGUCUACCGACGAAGCUCACUCUACAUCAUCCUGUCCACGGGAGGCAUCUUCCUCCUCGUCACUCUGGUGACCGUCUGUGCCUGCUGGAAGCCAUCUCAGAAGUCUGGGACCAAGCGGAAGCUCGAGGCCCAGGGCUCCCUGGAUUACAUGGAGCAGAGCGAGGACCAGUUAAAACCGGAAGUUGAGACCCUCCCGCGCAGUGGGGGUGAAGAGCGCAAGAACCCGCUGGCCCUGUACAUCCUCAAGGACAAGGAAUCUCCCGAAACCGAAGACACGUCCACCCCCGACCUCCGGCGCAGCGGCGAGCCGGGGCCGCCCGGCUACUCGGUCUCCCCGGCGGCUCCCGGCCGCUCCCCGGGUCUCCCCAUCCUCUCCGCCCGCCGCUACCCCCGUUCCCCGGUCCGCUCCCCGACCCCCGGCCGGACCCACACGUCGCCCAGCCGCUCCCCGGGCUCGCCGGCCCGCUCGCGCAGCGCUUCGCGCACCCUGCGGACGGCGGCGGGCGUGCGGGUGAUCCGGGAGCAGGAGGAGGCCGGCAGUGGGGGCAGGGUGGAGAUCAGCGCCUAAGGUUUCCGGUCGAGGCCCCGGGGGCUGCUGGAGGGAUGGGCUUCGGGGAGCGGGAAAACGCGGGCAACAGCACAUGCCGCAGCGGAGGAAAGCGUACGUCUGCCCCAACCCGGGAGGGCGGAGAUCGAAUGACAGCGGAGCUGUUAGCUGGGUGAACAUCCCAUUCCAUAGGAUUCCCCCAGGCCUCAGGCCUCCUCAGACCUCCUUGGAGCGCAGAGUAGAUUUGGGGUGAGGCCUCCCUCCCUCCACCACACAAACACACAUACUAACAGCUGUUAUUCCCUUAGCCAUCCUUCACUUCAUGUCUAAUGCCAAGGGGGGGGAGGCACUGAACUUGGAGGGGUCAGGGCCUGGAGCCAGGCAAGGGGGAGGCCGUCUUGGGGUGGAGGAGCAAUGCCUUGUGAGGGCCGUGGACCUCGUGUCCGCGAGCAUGGAGCAGGGAUGGAGCUGCUAUGGAAGAAUUUGGGGAGGGGGAAACCGAAUCCCCUCUCCCUGCAGACACAGUCCUUGACAGCCACUUGGGCAGCUUCCUGGCAGCCCCUGUUCCCAGCCCCUGUUUCCUCCUCCUGGCCCUGAGGUAAGAAUCCAGCCCAAUCCCCAUUCCUCCCAGUCCCCUCAUCCCUCACCUCUGGCAAAUCCAUGGAUUUUCCACACAACCCCGCCGCUGGGGGGAUGGGGUGGGGGGGUCUGGGCUGCGCCAAACCCAGGCACCCCAGACCACGAUGACAGUCGAUGAAUCAGACCUUCCUGGGCAUCCCAUCAGACAGCUCCAGCUACCCCAGACCACCAGGUCCUGCUGAUCUCGGUGGGCACCGGAGAUUGCACCCACUGCCCUGGACGUGGACACUACUGUGAUCUUCGUGGGCCCCAUAACAGACUGUACCAGCUGGUCCGGACACUACACUGGCCUUUGUGGGCACCAGAGACUGCACCUGCUGGCCCAGACAACCCACUGACCUUUGUGGCACCAGAGAUUGCAUCUUCUACCCUGCCACAGACACCCGCCGUGCCCCCACAAGGUGCCAGGAUCACGCUGACUGCCCUGUCCCCCUUUCUUGAGCAGAAGUGACCCGAGGCACUGGGCUCCCAGCAGGACAAAGGGCCUCAUCACUCCCGGCCUGAGCCACCUGCCCUGUCCGCUCCCGGCACUGGAGCUCCGGGGGCGGGGGGACCUUCUCCCCUAAUCACACUAACGUCUGAGUAGCGAGGGACUUGGCCGCACCCCUCCUUAGCAGCCCCACGGCCUCCCGAUCCAUAGAAUCUCUGUGCGUGGAGAGCGCGGGGAGUGAUUAAACCUCUGACCGUGUGAGAG